AUGUUCAGCCUAGUCAAGGAAGCCCAUCUGAGCUGCUUGAAGGUCUGGUUCGUUGUUCGCUUCCUUUCUCGAGCACGGCCUCUCUGCAUGGUCAUGCAUGUGUACCGACGGGGGAUCUCACUCUCUUUCUCCUCUGAUCAAAGGUCUUCUUCUCGUUCUCGGUUGAAAUGGUGUAUCAGGUUUGCUCCGGCGGCGAGGAGGCGGCGAAUAUCGCGCCAGGUAUAGCCCAGAGAUCGGUCGCUGCCGCCCCCGAGGACCUUUCCGAGCUGGACCUCUUCAUGGUAGGAAUCCUCCUUUUCCUCCUCCUUUGACCUGUUCAUGACAACAAUCCUCUCUUCUCCUUCUCCUGCUCCGACGAUCCGUUCAUGGUAACAAUUAUCCUCUUCCUCUUGCUCGAGAGGGCGGGGGGGAGCGCCAGGACCAGUCCCAUGUAGCUCACGAGGUGAUUCGUUCGUGUGCAGGAAGCGUACUACAUGGCGUUGGUGGAGCUCUCUCUGGCAAUUCAGAAGCCGCUGCAGGAAGCGGCGGCGUUCGCGGGGUGUAUCUGCUACCUGCUCGACGACGUCUCCGCCGACGCGCCAGGCAGCGCGACGGCCAACCCAGCCGAGUAG